AUGGCUUUGAAUGAGAAUAGAGCAAUGGUUACCCGCCAUAACCAACAGAAUUACCUCUUACUUAAUGAUGGAUACGAUGAAACUUUACCAGAAGAUCAAAUAACGGAAUCCAAUUUUGAAUCUUUUGUCAAUCUAUCAUCAACUGAAGUCCUGCCCUCAGAGUCAGUUUCACAGGCCCUGACUCAUUCCGCACCAAUAGUAUCAUCCUCGAUCCUGCCCCGGAAACGCCCAGCGCCUACUACAGCGUGGAUGUGGGAUUAUUUCCAAACGACUGAAGUAGCUCGCGAAUGGAUUCGAUGUGCUUUUAUUAAUGAGAAGACUGGCAUCCAAUGUCCUUGGACGACCUCAGAUUCAUUACGGCAGACAUCUACUUCGAAUAUGCAGCAGCAUCACAAAAAGCACUCUAUCUAUUCCCCUCAUUCUCAAGAUGAACCCCUUCCAAAGAAGCAGGCAAGCGUUAUUAGCCUUCUUACUCGGAAAGAGACCUUAUCACACCAACAACUUCUUGAGCGGAAUAUUCUUCAAUGGGUUAUCCAUGAUAAACAAGCUUUUACUACCAUCGAA